AUGAAUCUGUCUACAUCAAAUAUCACGAUUUUGCUCACCGCAUAUGGACCUCCAGGACCUCUCAGUUAUGGCAUUUUCUUUAUUGUGUUUGUGCUUUACCUCACCACAAUAUUUUCAAACUUGACUUUAAUGUUGGUCAUCAUUUUUGAUUCAGCUCUCCAUAAGCCAAUGUAUAUAUUUCUUUUCAACUUGGCGAUCAAUGGAUUGAUCGGGAGCUCCACCGUAUUUCCCACAAUUCUGCAAUAUCUUCUUCAGGAUGUGAAGAGCAUUUCCCUUACAAGUUGCUUACUGCAAACAUUUUUCAUAAACGUGUAUGGAACUUGUGCAUAUGCAAUAUUAACUGUAAUGGCAUACGACAGAUAUGUUUGCAUUUGUAAGCCAUUACAGUAUCACAAUAUCAUGACUCCAGUUAAGGUCAGGCUUCUUCUUGGUGUAGCAUACUUUUUCCCUAUAUGUUCUUUAGCUGUGCAGGUUUAUCUUACGGCAAGACUGCCUUUAUGCAAGCACACUGUCAAUAAGCUUUUCUGUAUCAGUUUGGCAGUUGUCAAUCUAGCGUGUGUGAAGCCUCUCCUUGACAGUUUGUACUUCUUAUUUCUGCUUUUUGUUUUUGGUUUUCUUCCCCUUUUCUUAGUGAUACUGUCAUAUAUCAAAAUAUUAACCGUCAGCAUCAAAGCAUCAAAGACUGCUCAAACGAAAGCGCUAAAAACAUGUGCACCUCAUUUGAUCACUUUCAUUAAUUUCUCAUCUGCCUCUUUAUCAUCUGUAAUAUAUAAUAGUUUCUAUGACCAUCUCUCGGAUGAGGUGAGCAUAUUUAUGUCAGUGCAUUUUAUUUUGAUCCCACCGCUUCUGCAUCCACUCAUAUAUGGAAUAAGAACUCAGGAGAUCAGAAAGUGUAUUUCAAGGAUCCUGAGGAAAAAUGUACCACUAAAUAGUGUGGGCAGCGCUGAAACAAAGCACAGAUAA